GCAACAGAAAAUGAGAACAUUUCCUGAUUACGAUUCUGCAGUGGCCAAAGGGGGGACUUUGGGUUUGGCCGGAAGAGGCAUGGCCUUGAAGAAGAGAGCCAACUGGACUUCCUUUAUAAAGAUUAAACCAAAAUGUGAUCCUUGGCAAAGGAAGCUUUUGACUAAACUAAAAGAAGGAAGAAGGAUAGAUGUAUUAAUGCAACUCCAAGCAAAAUUUUUGAAGAUUUCCCAGCCUGAGCGAGUAAUGCAAGUGCUCCAAGCUCAUGCUGCAAAGACACUCUUGCUGGGCUCCUCACAUUCAACUUCUGCAGCUUCCCAAGAUCUGCACCAGGACAGUUAUGACCAAAUAUGGGAGAAUAUUUACAGCAACAUCAACCUGUAUAAGAAUGAAACUUUGAAGGAACACGAUCUCCUAGUGGAAGGGCAUGGAAACAGCCAGGCCUCAACAAGUCUCAGUCUACAUGUGGAUGGACUGGGGGAGCAGAGAAAAGAAACAAGGUACAGUUAUGUGACGACCCUACAGCUGCUGGGCCUGGAUGAUGGGUGUGCACCUAGUGACAGGAAUCCUGUCCUGAGAAGAGGGACCUACCUGUCCUUUCUGUACCUACGUCACCUGCGAAUCAGGGAGCUGCAGCGCAUCUGCUUAGGGAUUCUCAACUACUUCAGAUCCAUUGAGCGAACGCUGACCAUCAACACUGCGGGUCUGACCAGGGUUGCUGGGAACUUGGUCCAGACCCUGGAAGACAGCUCCGGGGUGAAUGCGGCCAGAGGAGGUUUGGGCACUCUGCAAGGUCUUGGAUCUGACCACUAUGUCCACAGGACACCUGCCGAGCACAGGGUCCAUAGUGCCCAUUUCAUGGAGUUCUCUGAAGUAGAGAACCAGGACGACUACUACAGUGUGGAGGCAGGCUGCAUCCACACCCAGGACCCACAAGGAGUGCAUGUCAUUUAUGACCAAGCUUUGAGGGACCUGCAGGAGCUGGAGACAGAGCUGCUGCUCAUUGCCAGCCAUUACAUCGAGAAAGAAAAAGGUCACAAAGGUGACAGUGCAUCUACUGCUGACGGGGGAUGGGCACAUGCGGAGGUGGACAGGUUUGCUGUGCUGACCGACCUGUGGACGUGGGAGGCAGCUCUUUUAGAAAACAAGCGCCAGCUUCUUGGCUGUUACUUUGAAGCCUACCAGCAUGCCCUGGACCCAGAAGAGAGGUCUGCCUUAGCGCAGGUGAUCACCGAUGUCAUGCACAGGCGGCCCAAGUUCGAUCUCCGCCACUCCUACUUCAUCAGGGCUUACCAGGAUGAACAGGCCUGCCUACAGCUAAUGCUGCAGCUCGUGAGGGGCAUCCUUAACCAGCAGAUAGAGUGUCAGCGGGAGUAUGUCCAGAGGCUUUGGCGAGAAGAUGAUACAGAUGACAGCGAUAAGUUUGGACUGCCAUUGAACAUCAUUCGUCAACAACUUAUUUCCAUCAACAAUAGCUGCCCAACUUUGAAAAACAUUUAUCUGCUGGAGUUCCACCCUUCCCUGGGGCUGGCAUCACUCAUCCCCAGAGCCCUUGAACACCUCCUUCAGGAGGCCUGCCAUGCCUGCAAACCCGCAUCUGCAGGCCACCUGGCCUUGCUGGAAAGACGUGUGCUUUGGCUGGCCCUGGAGGUGUGGCUCAGCCCCACCAACCCGGAGACCUGGUACAGCGCCCAACUCAGGAAAGAUCUCUUUUCCACUAAAGUGAUGGGCGACCCCUUUCUCGUCGGGGAGACGGGUCUGCUGGCACUCAAGUCGGCAGCCAACACAGGGCAGAGUCAAGGCAAACAUUGUCCCGCGCUGCUCCUGGAGACGUUUUCCAAACUUCUAGAACUUUUGACGCUCCGUCACCGGCUGAUAGAGAUGAGUCUGGCCAGUGUACACUUAGCCCGUCUCUAUAAAGAGCUGGCAUGGGAGAUGGGGUUUGAAGAGUUCCAUUUGCAUCUGAGACCUGUUCACUUUGAAUUUGCAUCACUCAAGGACAAGGCAGACUGUGCUUCCUCUGUCUUCAUAACCUCUGUGCUGGAGGACAGUGACCAUGUGGACAGAUAUGCUCCAACUACUUUCGUCUUAGCCAUCUCUGAAGUAGAUGAUAACCAAGUGGGCAAAUUCAGUUUCUGUACAAAAGAAGCCAUUCUUAAGCUCUUAUUCCACUCAGGAGUGGAAAAUAUGCAAGUAGUCCUGGCGUGCCAAGCUGCUCAGAAGAAUGCUUUGAUGGUGGCCGUGCAGCAGGCAUUCUCCUACCACAGGUCCCAAGGGGGCUGCCCUGCACAUGUCAAGGUCAGCCUGAGGCUGCUGCCCCCCCCCACCUCCCCACUAGGAUCAUUCAAAUGCAUGAGUUUAACAAGAUUAUUCUAUCUCUACAUCUACUGCAUUAAUACUAUUGAAAUCAAGAGUAAAAUACGGAGAGGGUAA